UAAUUAAGGGACAGAAGAUACUGCUCUUGUAUGUUCCUUCCUUCUUUUCUCGCUACAAGAUCUUUCCAUAGCCUCCUCGUUUCCAUGGCUGCUUCAGCUGCUUUCUCUGUAUCAUCCCCACCUCUCGUACCCUCUUCCUGCAAAAUUCGAAGACAGUUUCUCUUGCGUAAUCCAAAAAUCUUCAAACCCGUUUAGGUUAGAGCUUCUGUCGGAACUAAAGUGAGUCCCUUGAUCUCCAUCGAUGACAAUGUUUCAGUCCAAACUAAAGUGAAUAAGCAAGUGGCAGUGGAAGUUCAAAGGAAACUCGAUCGGUCCCAGGGGUCCUCAGGCUCGUCAGGUUCGUUCUCUCUGCGGGACAUGGUUGUAUGUUGCUUUACGCUUUGCUUCACCUCGCCGGCUACGACAAUGUCUUGGAGGAGGAUUUGAAGAGUUUCAGACAAUGGGGAAGCAAGACACCAGGACAUCCCGAGAAUUUCGAGACUCCUGGGAUUGAAGUCACUACUGCAGGUCCUCUUGGACAAGGAAUAGCCAAUGCUGUUGGUUUAGCUCUUGCUGAGAAGCACUUAGCUGCUCGGUUCAACAAACCUGGCGCUAAAGUUGACCACUACACGUAUGUGAUCCUUGGAGAUGGUUGUCAGAUGGAGGUAUUUCAAAUGAAGCAGCCUUUCUAGCUGGUCACUGGGGACUUGGAAAGCUCAUUGCUUUCUAUGAUGACAAUCACAUCUCCAUUGAUGGAGACACUGCGAUUGCCUUUACUGAGAACGUUGACCAGCGUUUCGAAGCUCUUGGAUGGCAUGUUAUCUGGGUGAAGAAUUUUAACACUGGGUAUGAUGAGAUCCGUGCUGCUAUUAAGGAAGCUAAAGCUGUUACAGACAAGCCCACAUUGAUUAAGGUCACUACUACAAUUGGUUAUGGAUCUCCCAACAAGGCGAACUCAUACAGUGUCCAUGGAGCUUGUGUCUAUAUAACAAACACUCUCGACUUGUAACAAACACUCUUGCUUUCUCUCUUUUUCUCUCUUAAAUCAACAUCAAUACUAUUAAAAAUGAAGGAGUCUUAAAAAAUCUACUUAUAA